AUGGUCAAACAGCUGCUAAGAAACCGACUAAGGAAAAGCAUCAUUGAAGGCAAACUGGCUGCCACAGCGUCCUGCAGCCACAGGACAGGACAGGACAAUGAGCCCAAACACACCUCCAGGCUGUGUCGGGGGAGGAAUGCCUGGCUCAGCCCUCUGGGUUGUGCCAUGUUCACUCUGAAUGUCCAGAUUGAGCUGAACUCCAAGCUCGGACAGAGGAUUCCCUUCCUGCAGCACCUGGUUGCUCUUGCUGUAGUGGAGGCUGUUUGCUCACUUCCUGGAUAUCAGGACAUAGAUCUGAGGGUGAAGUGGCCCAAUGACAUCUACUACGGUAACCGGAUGAAGCUCGGAGGAGUGCUGGUGACUUCCACAGUACUGGGAUCAACUUUUCAUCUGCUCAUAGGCUGCGGGUUUAAUGUGACAAACAGCAACCCAACAGUGUGCAUCAAUGACCUGAUCCAGUCGUACAACUUGCAGCACAGCUGUAGCCUGCAGCCGCUCAGCUGUGCCCAGCUCAUCGCGAGAACUGUCAACUGCCUGGAGGCCCUUAUUGACAACUUCCAGCAAGGAGGCCCAGAGUCUGUCCUGCCCACGUACUACAAGAGAUGGCUCCACAGGUGUGUAACGUAGACAACUUGAUGCUUU